CUGCACCUCCUGCUCCCCUUGAGCACCCUCUUGACCCCCACCCUCCCCGCCCCAUCUCCCACCCAGCCCCACGGCAUCCGCUUGGAAGGGGACCUGACCCUGGGGGGCCUCUUCCCCGUUCACGCCCGGGGUCCUGCGGGGGUCCCGUGCGGCCCCAUCAAGAAGGAGAAGGGCAUCCACCGCCUGGAGGCCAUGCUCUACGCCCUGGACCGCGUCAACGGGGACCCCACGGUGCUGCCCAACCUCACGCUGGGAGCCCGCAUCCUGGAUACCUGCUCCCGGGACACCUACGCCUUGGAGCAGGCGCUGGGCUUCGUCCGUAGCCUCCUGCCCCCGGUGGAAGGGGAAGGGAGAUGCGCCGAUGGCAGCGCCCCCCGGCGGCCGCCUCCAGAGCGACUCGUGGGGGUCAUCGGGGCUUCGGCGAGUUCCGUGUCCAUCAUGGUGGCCAAUGUGCUGCGGCUCUUCAAUAUCCCCCAGAUCAGCUACGCCUCCACGGCCCCGGAGCUCAGUGACCCUGCCCGUUACGGGUUCUUCUCCCGGGUGGUGCCGCCGGACUCGGAGCAGGCCCAGGCCAUGGUGGCCGUGACGAGGGCCCUGGGCUGGAGCUACGUGGCCACCGUGGCCUCCGAGGGCAGCUACGGGGAGAGCGGGGUGGAGGCCUUCGUGCAGAGCUCCAGGGAGGCCGGGGGCCUCUGCAUCGCUCAAUCCAUCAAGAUCCCGCGGGAGCCGCGCCCGGGGGAGUUCGACAAAGUCAUCGGGAGGCUCAUGGAGACAUCGACGGCGCGCGGGGUGGUGCUGUUCGCCAACGAGGACGACAUCCGGCGGGUGCUGGAGGCCGCCGCCCGCGCCAACCUCUCCGGUCACUUCUCCUGGGUGGGCUCGGACUCGUGGGGGGCGAAGCUGGGCCCGGUGCUGGGGCUGGAGCCGGCGGCCGACGGAGCCAUCACCAUCCUGCCCAAGCGCGCCUCGGUGCCCGGCUUCGAUGAGUAUUUCACGUCCCGCUCGCUGGAGAACAACCGCCGCAACCUCUGGUUCCACGAGUUCUGGGAGGAGGAUUUCAACUGCCGCCUGCCCCAUAGCGAGCCCCAGAGCGAGCCCCACGGCGGGCCCGUCCGCAAGUGCACAGGGCGGGAGCGCAUCGGCCGGGACUCGCCCUACGAGCAGGAGGGGAAGGUGCAGUUCGUCAUUGACGCCGUGCUGGCCAUGGCGCGCGCCCUGCACAGCCUCGCGGCCGAGCUCUGCCCCGGGGGGGGGCUCUGCCCCCACAUGGACCCCCCCGACGGGCGCCGCCUCCUGCAGCACAUCCGGGGGGUGAACUUCAGCGGCAGCGCAGGGACCCCCGUGAGCUUCAAUGAGAACGGGGAUGCUCCGGGCAGAUACGACAUCUUCCAGUUCCAGGGCGCCAACGGCAGCGGCAGCUACCGAGCUGUGGGACAGUGGGUGCAGGGCCUGCACCUGCAGGUGGACGCCAUGACGUGGGGCUCCAACCGCUCCGUGCCCCCCUCGGUCUGCAGCCUCCCCUGUGGUCCUGGGGAGAAGAAGACCCCGGUGAAGGGGGUCCCGUGCUGUUGGCACUGCGAGCUCUGCUCCGGUUACCGCUUCCUGGCCGACCCCCAGAGCUGCCAGGCCUGCCCCCCCCACCUGCGCCCCACCAGUAACCACACCUCCUGCCGCCCCACACCCGUCCUACGCCUGCGCUGGGGGGACCCUUGUGCCGCCGUCCCCUUGGCUUUGGCCACCUUGGGCUUGUUGGCCACCGCCUUCGUCUUGCUCACCUUCAUCAAGCACCACGAGACGCCCAUCGUGAAGGCGUCGGGGCGGGAGCUCAGCUACGUCCUCUUGGUGGGCAUCGCUUUGGUUUAUGGCAUCACCUUCCUCAUGGUGGCCGAGCCGGGGGUGGGCGUCUGCGCCAUGAGGAGGCUCUUCCUGGGCUUAGGGAUGAGCCUCAGCUACGCCGCGCUGCUCACCAAGACCAACCGCAUCUACCGCAUCUUCGAGCAGGGGAAGCGCUCAGUGACGCCCCCCCGCUUCAUCAGCCCCACCUCGCAGCUCGUCAUCACCUUCGCCCUCAGCGGGAUGCAGCUGGUGGGGGCGGCCAUGUGGCUCCUCCUGCGUCCCCCCCACGCCCUGGUGGACUACGAGAUGGGGCGAACCCCGGACCCCGAGGACGCACGGGGGGUGCUGCGCUGCGACAUGGCCGAGGGCGCCACCUUGGCCUGCCUGGCCCACGCUCUGCUCCUCAUGCUCACCACCACCGUCUACGCCGUCAAGGCCCGCGGCGUCCCCGAGACCUUCAACGAGGCCAAACCCAUCGGCUUCGCCAUGUACACGACGUGCGUGGUGUGGUUGGCCUUCGGGCCCAUCUUCUUCGGCGCGGCCCGGUCGGCUGAGAGGGUGAGGAGGGGAUGAGGUCAAGGGGUCUGGGAGGG